CGGCGAUAAUGCAGGUUUCUGUGUAUUUAAGAGACCCCAAAAUCAAUGAGGAAGAAGAAACUGGAAGUUCUUAAUAAUAACCUUGUGUUUUUAAGAUCACCUAAUAUGCUCUGUUUAGAUCAAUAAGUCAGUCAAUGAGGUAGUUAAUUAAUCAGAGCCACUGUUGAACCGAUAAUAUCCCUAUCGUCAUCUGAAGAAAGAUCUACUUACAACAAAUGCCUGAGGCGCAGUCAUGGGGAAGAGGUAUUACUGCGACUACUGUGACCGAUCCUUCCAGGACAACAUGCACAACCGAAAAAAGCAUCUGAACGGCGUUCAGCACCAUAGAUCCAAAAAGGCUUGGUUCGACAAUUUUAGAGAUGCUGCUGCCAUCUUGGCGGAAGAACAAACUAAGAAGCCCUGCAGGAAAUUCAUCCAGACAGGCCAAUGUGUCUUUGGCUCUAGCUGCAGAUUUUCCCACAUGACAAAAAAGGACAUCGACGACCUCAAGCGGCAGAUUGAAGCUGAAAGGCAGAGGAAGGAGGACCCAGAUGCUGCCUGGAAAUCUCCUGAGCGGAAUGUGGAUGACUGGCUAAGCAGGCGAGAGAAGAGGAAGGCAGCACUGGACAGUGGCAGCAUUCUGAAAGAGGAGGAGGAAGAAGCUGCUACGGGGAGUGACGUUCCUCCCCAUUUUCUCUCCAUACCGGACCUCCCGGUCUCUCUCUUGCCACCGCCCCCUGGUGGAUGGAAGAAUGUGCCUCAAGCGGAAUGGGGUUAAGUCUCCCACCUUGUUUGCUGGCCCGUGAUCAGUUAGGAGUCAGGCCAGCGGGACCACAGGACCAGCAGCUAAAGGCACACUGUGGGAUCCGCCAUUUCAGUCUUGACUCAAUUUAGCCGCUAAUUUGAGCGGAAGAUCACACCUGUCUGAUGCUAGUAAAAAUGAGCCGCUGACUGAAAGGUGGAGCAGUCGGUGAAUUAUUAUUCACACCUGUGAAAGUCAGGCGAGGUUUCCUCUCCAAACAGGCAGCUUAACCACAGGGCAUCGUCGCUCCCUCCCUGGGUCCUCUUUCUUAAGCUACACUAACAGGUGUUCACGGCUUUUAAUCUGAUGUGCAUAAUCGGUAUGACUUUUAGCCAUGUGAACGUCUAAAAUACGUUUAUUUUAUUUUCCCGAGAGCGUGAUGGGGUUCUGCCAGAGAAACCGAUUCCUUUAUAUGGAGUUUGCUGUUUUUUUCAAAGCGUCGAAAUAUUCCAUAUCAUCUUUUUCCCUAUGAGGGAGGGGAAGGUAACAUUUGAUGCUAGGAUUAGCAUGGAAAAGAGAUUUCCCCAAGGAAACAAGGAAUAAGUUUAAAGAUGGGGAAAGGAGAAAGUGGCAUUUGGGGCAAUGUGGGUAGUUGCACUGAAGAUGAAAGUGCCUGAACAGGAAGUGGAAUGUUUUGAGCUACCUAGUGUAGCAAGGCCUGAUAAGUGAGCCUAACGAAAAGUAACAUGACCUUUGGGAAAAUCCACACGUGACGGCAGUCUGUCCAACAGACCAACACUGUGCGUCUUUUAAAUAAAGUUUUGCAUCGUUUCCAGGCUUCUGCUUUGGAAUUGUUUAUAAUGCGUACACUUUUUUUAAAGCUGUUUUUAUUCUGUGUUUGGCAGUGUUUUGUGUAUUGCCCUGUAGCGUUAAAAUGUGUUUAUAAAUAUGCAGGUAUCCAUUGA